AUGUUGGCAGCAAGACCCAUUGCGCGGCUUGACAAUAAGCGACGAGCAGUGCUCGAUCCUCGCAAGAGGCAAUUCGCAAAAUCACAAUGGCAGGAACAGAGUUACGAGCACGCCAUGAACUUCUACAACCUCCCUCCCACUGGCGACAUUGCCCUUGAGCAGUUUGAAGAAUGGGGCAUCGCCAGACUGAAGGUCCUUGCCGAACUCGAAUCAUGCCAAUUCCGCAACCGCACCGCUGAAGAAACCUCGACAUAUAUGAAGCCCAUCCUGGACAAAUACCUACGACUGGACCAGAACUCUUCGAGAUCGACUGAGCACGAACUCCAGCGCAAGCGUGAUCACUACUCACACUGGACUCUCCGCCUUGCCUUCUCGGCAACAGAAGAACUUCGUAAGCGUUUCGCCAGACUCGAAACUCAACUCUUCCGCCUCCGACUCAACCAGAACGAUGCACGAGAACGCAGAGAAUUCAUUCAAAGCCUCAACAUGAGCUGGGAGACUGUGUCCGAUGACGAGAAGGCUCGCUUGCUUGACGAGCUCAAGAGUGCUACUGGCGUCUACAAGAACGAGGAGGAAUCAUGGUUCAAGGUCGAUUGGGAGAACGUGCCUGAGCUCGUAGAACAGCGCAAGGUACUCCUCAAGAUGGGCAAGGCUUUUGUUCACAUGCGCGAGCAGACGAGCAUGGUUGUUGGAGAGUUCAGCAGACAGCUUGAGGCUGGCCUCGAAUUGGCUGCUCGUGCCCUACCACGCAUGGACGAAGACAAUCGCCUCUCUCCUAUCCUCACCCAUCUGUCCAAGUCUUUCGCCUCCCCCGACUCACAAUACAACGCCGACGCUUCCUCCAUCUCCGACACAACCGUCAUCACAGCCAAUAUGAUCGAUGCCCUAGCUUCUCAUUUCCCUCUCUGCAUGCAAAGUCUUCACCGCGAGCUGCGCAAGAACAGCCACUUGAAGCAUUUCGCCCGCUUGCAAUACACCCUCUUCCUCAAAGGCAUCGGUCUCGACAUGAACGAAUGUAUCGUAUUCUGGCGAAAGAGUUUCAAGCUCAUGACCGACGACAAGUUCAAGAAAGAAUAUCUCUACAACAUCCGCCACGCUUACGGCGAUGUCGGCGGUGACUCCAACAGACGUGGUAGAGGAUAUACUCCCUACUCUUGCCAGAAACUCAUCACCGAUGUCCCGAGCAGCGGUCAAAGCCACGGAUGCCCAUACCGCUGGUUCAGUCCAGACAAUCUCAUGGGCCUCCUCCAAGCCACUGGAGUGUCAGACCGUGAAGUCCUCAAAAGUGUCAAGGAGGACGUCACGAAAACUCGCUAUCAUAUUGCUUGCAACCGCGUCUUCGAAUACCAGCACAGAAACGAGAUCAAGAAGGUCAAGGAUAAUUCGCUGUGGCCUCAAAGUGAACUCGACACCAUCACGCACCCCAACACUUACUUCAAGCGCAGUUUCUUACUCAAGAACUUGAACAAGUUCCAGAAUGGAGAUAUUGGUGUGGAUGGACCUUCGCAAGAUUCGCAAGGCUGA